UCCGACCUGCCAUAGAGACAGAGCAGAGCGCAGCGCUCUCACCUCGCGGCCGGCUGCGUGCUGAGGGGGGAGGAGCCGCGGUAGCACCAUGGAGCCCGAGCCGCGGCCCGGGGCUGCCGCUGCCACGGCCCUGACCCAGCCCCCGGAGCAGGAGAGGAAGCUAGAGCAGGAGAAGCUCUCCGGGGUGGUGAAGAGCGUCCACCGGCGGCUGCGCAGGAAGUACCGGGAAGUGGGAGACUUUGACAAGAUCUGGCGUGAACACUGUGAGGAUGAGGAAACUCUUUGUGAAUAUGCUGUGGCAAUGAAAAACCUUGCAGAUAAUCACUGGACAAAAUCUUGUGAAGGGGAAGGUCGAAUUGAAUGGUGUUGCAGUGUGUGCCGAGAAUAUUUUCAAAAUGGCGGAAAGAGAAAAGCACUUGAAAAAGAUGAGAAAAGAGCAGUUGUUGCAUCUAAGACCACUUCAGCCUUAAAUGUUCACCAGACUCCCAAAAUUGAAGAACCCUUACCCAACUUCAGCUUUACAAAUCAUGAAACUAUAUCAGAGGAGUAAGUUGUAACUUUUUGCUAUAGUAAAAAAAGUUUGCAAAAGAGAAGUUUUUCCCAAUCUUGUAACAUUGACUUCUGUGAAAUUGCAUUGCCCUAAUGUAUUUCCAAUGCAACUUUUUAUAGUUUUAAAAAAGACAGAAAG